AUGAAUGAAGAAAGAUUACAAAAAUCGGAGCCUAUGAAAAUUACAAACUGCGUGCGAAACUAUACCAAAGAGUAUAGAAUCCAGCAAAGAACCCUAGGUCCACAAAUAGCACAAGAAAAACAAAAGAACGAAGCGGAUUCGUUUUCACAGAAUCCAAGGCCUGUUUUCACUGGGCCUGUCAGUCAGUCGGUCGGCUUUCGCACAACUCUGGCCUGUUUUCACUGGGCCGUCAAGUCUGGUCGGCUUUCGCACAACCAAGGGCCUGUUUUCACUGGGCCUGUCUUGGCCACGAAGGCUCUUGGAGCACUGUUACUUCAAAAAAAGAGAAAAUACACUCCAAUUACUGUAGGUUCCAAAGAACCUGGGUCCUUCAAAUUAUCUGCAGCUCCUUUGCCUCCCAAAAAAAUUGUUUUUGGGGUAGGUAAAUUGAAAAGCUGCGUCAAAGAAGAGAUCCUUGAACAUCUGGAAACUAUUGGACUGACCGCUGCAGAAUGCGUACCAGUCUUUAAAUUCUCUCCCACUCGUCCUCAACCUUCAACCAGUGAUCCAUCAACAAAAUUCCGCAUAACUAUUUUUAAACAUCAGGAAAUGAUUUUUACCAAUCCUGAAAAUUGGCCUAUCGGCGUGGAAAUUCACCCCUGGUUGUUUCAUGCUCGACCACAGCAUUUGAUAAAACCCACUACAACUUCACUACCAAAUCAUUAUCCUGUCGACCUACCAAAUGUUAAUACACCAUCGCUGGUCAACUCACAUCAGCAUGUAGAAAACACAGUUGAGGUAGCUUCCAUUUUAACUUCUUUGGAAGAAUCCACUCAGCCAGUCGAGCCAGUCACGAUUGGCCCUUCUCAGCUGGUCGAACCACAUAAACAACAACAAGCCUCAUCGAUGAUGAGUCCUCCCUCUGAAAACCUCCUAGAUUUAUUCACCAGACAGUCAUCCUACUACACCACAAGAGAUCUACUCAACAUUCUAGAAGUCAAGUACAUCAACAAUCAUGAUCACCCUCUACCUCUACUUCACAUAAACAGCAGAAAGACAUGGCUGAAUGACGAAACCGCUAAACUAGUUCGUAUGAAUGAUUACAAUUUUGUUUUUAAAAAUAGGUCUGACAGAAUAGGUGGUGGAGUCGGAAUCUUCAUCAGAUCAGGCAUUGAAUUUUCUAUGAUAAACAAUUUGCUUCUGAACGACACCAUUAUUGACCUUCUUAGUGUCAAUUUAAAAUUUAAAAUUAAACAACACACACGUAAAUAUUUUAGCAGUAUAUAG